AAGUAAUCAAGAGCUCUUCCAGGGUCGCUGUCUGCAGGCACUCAGAAUGGUCCAGCGUCUGACAUACCGGCGUAGGCUUUCCUACGAUACAGCCUCUAACAAAACUAGGCUGUCCCGAACCCCUGGUAAUAGAAUUGUUUACCUUUAUACCAAGAAGGUUGGGAAAGCACCAAAAUCUGCAUGUGGCGUGUGCCCAGGGAGCCUUCGAGGGGUUUGUGCUGUGAGACCUAAAGUUCUUACGAGGUUGUCUAAAACAAAAAAACAUGGCUGCAGGGCCUAUGGUGGUUCCACGUGUGCUAAAUGUGUUUGUGACAGGAUCAAGCGUGCUUUCCUCAUCGAGGAACAGAAAAUUGUUGUGAAGGUGUUGAAGGCAUAAGCACAGAGCCAGAAAGCUAAAUAAGAAAAUGAAGCUUUCUUGAGUAAUAAAAAUUAAAAG